CAGAUCAUCACUUCUCCACCUUUUGCAUUCUGUAGAUCUUUUUAUAAGAAAGCACAAUCAAGGAAUGUGAACAGAAGAAGCACAGCCUGUAACGCUGUCAAGGCUUUAUGCAGCACUUUGUCUGGGUUUUGUUUGGCUCCUCGGACACAAACCAGCCACGGCAAUGCGAGAACAGACUGUCUUCUAUGGCCAAAAAGAAUUAGGGUCUCCGUCAAUACCUGGAGGAUGACUUUGAUAGCAGCACCCAAUCUGGCACCAGCAUGUGGAAAUGCACUGCAGCUGCGCAGUUAGUCCUCAUGGAGGUGGGGAAAAUCCUCUUUUUUUUCCCCCAGUUUCAAAAGCAUGAGAUCCAUCACUGGCCACUUGUGCUUGAGAAGCAAUCAGUAAAUGGCUCUGAGGAGGAAACAUCCCUGCCCAUCACCGUAUAGAACAGAUGGGUGCAUGAAGGGUGAUGUGGUUCUGCAUAUCAUCAAGAUACAUGAUUCCGCACCAGAGGAACCUGAUUCAAGCAGAAAGACACCCAAGAUGCUGAAGUAACAAGGAGUAAUUUAUCCAAAGGAUCCUUUCAUAGCAUUUCAUCUUGACAAGACACUAGUAAGAAAGUACAUGCGCCCACUCUUGAUUGGGGAACUGGCACCAGAUCAACCCAGCUUUGAGCCCAGCAAGAAUAAAAAGCUGGUAGAAGAUUUCCGUGAACUCCGUGCAACCGUUGAGAAGAUGGGGCUUCUCAACCCCAACCGCACCUUUUUCAUCCUGUAUCUCUGUCACAUCUUGGUGUUGGAUGUUGCAGCCUGGCUCACCAUCUGGUAUUUUGGAGCAUCCACAGUGCCUUUCCUCUUCUCUGCAGUGCUUCUAGGCACUGUCCAGACCCAGGCUGGCUGGCUCCAGCAUGAUUUUGGACACCUUUCAGUCUUUAGCAAGUCCAGGUGGAACCACUGGGUGCACAAGUUUGUGAUCGGCCAUCUGAAGGGAGCACCAGCUAGCUGGUGGAAUCACCUCCACUUCCAACACCACGCUAAACCCAACUGCUUCCAAAAGGACCCUGACAUUAAGAUGCACCCCUCAUUUUUUGCUUUGGGAAGAAUACUCUCUGUAGAGCUUGGUGUACAAAAGAAGAAAUUCAUGCCUUAUAACCACCAGCACAAGUACUUCUUCUUCAUUGGUCCUCCAGCUCUCGUGCCUCUUUACUUCCAGUGGUACAUAUUCUACUUUGUGGUACAGCGGAAACAGUGGGUGGACCUGGCCUGGAUGAUGACCUUCUACAUCCGAUUCUUUCUCACCUACUUGCCCUUACUGGGGGUGAAGGGUAUCCUGGGGCUUCAUCUGUUAGUCAGGUUUAUAGAAAGUAACUGGUUUGUCUGGGUUACACAAAUGAAUCACAUCCCGAUGCACAUUGAUUAUGAUAAGAAUAUGGACUGGUUCUCUACCCAGCUCCAGGCAACCUGUAAUGUUCAUCAGUCCUUAUUCAAUGACUGGUUUAGUGGACAUCUGAACUUCCAGAUCGAGCACCACCUUUUUCCGACAAUGCCUCGACACAACUACUGGAAGGUGGCCCCUUUGGUGAAGUCCCUGUGUGCCAAACAUGGUAUUGAGUACCAGUGCAAGCCAUUGCUCACCGCCUUUGCGGACAUAGUACACUCCUUGAAAGAUUCAGGGGAGCUCUGGCUGGAUGCCUAUCUACAUAAAUAAGCAACAGUGGAUCCUUACAGAGGAAUUCCCCACCUUUGUUGCCUCCUGUGGUGGUCACCAUGAAGAUACUGCACAGAGGAGAGAGAGCUGGCUAAGCCAGAGGUGGGGAGGUGGCUCAGCUUUAUUCCAUUGAUGAAUGUGAUUAAUAUGAUUGUUUAAAAGAUGUGUUCUUAAUUCUUCUU